GCCAUCCUUGAAUGCACUAGUGUGAAUUGCCGCCCUGUUUGUUUACUGUGUUUAAUUGUUCAUAACUAUUGUGACAAACAUUGAUGGGUGUUGCCCAUUUCCAAGAACGAAAUCAUUUGCUGGAGUCGUUGGAAAAAGUGGAAGUGGCUUCCUGGCCUAUACCGUAGGUCGUUGGUUUAACCAGAUAAAAGAAACAACUGCCGGCUGCCGACUCAAAGUGGCACCCAGAAAACAAUGCCUCCGAAUGUCGACAAGCGAUUUGUGUUGGAAGAGUUCGCAAUCUGCUCGAGGCGAAUCGAACAGCUGUACGGAAAGUCGAACGGCCAAUUCCUCGAGGCUCAGUUUCGGGAACGUAACAAUAUUAUCAAGAGCAUUCCCAACUUUUGGCAGACAGUGAUUAGCAACCACCCGCUAAUCUCGGCGAUCAGCGACGCUGGAGAAGAUGUUCACCUGCAGUUUAUGAAUGACCUAGGGGUCGAUGAGUUCAGCGUCGGUGGCGUAGCCGGCUACCGAUUACAUUUCCACUUCGAUCUUAAUCCUUUCUUCGCGGAUGAAGUCUUGACGAAGGAAUUCAUCACGCUGACGAACGGGGAUAACCUCACCACCAGCACGGACACCCAGUGGAAUCCGAUGUUGGAGGGAACGGAACUUCAGCCCUCGCGGAAGCGGUUUCGGGAGAUCCGUACCUUCCUGGAUUGGUUUAUGGAGAAUGACGAUUCGUUCAUCGAUAUUGCGAAAAGGAUUAGAAGUGAUCUUUGGGUGAACGCAUUUACCUACUAUAUGAUAUCGCAAAAUAAUGGAGCGGUGACAGUGGAGAGCAACGGCGACGAGAGAGGACCUGAUCCGCAAGUUGUGACUAUGGAACCGACUAAACAUGAGGAAAGCAGAAGUAUACCUGAAAAAGAGAUAGUCGAGAAAACCAGCACCAGAGUUCGCAGGAGUACACGAUUGCAAUCGAAACCAAGAAUAAACUGGCGAAUCCGAGCUAGUAUUUAAUAAGUGUGAGUGUUGUGUUUUACUAGGAGUUCUAUCAGUGAGUAAAUUUGUAAAUGUUGAUUUUUAAAUAAAUAUGACGACAGUGGAA